CACAAGCUCGCAAGCUGCAUGUUCACUGCAUCUUGAUUGCGAAGUACGAAGUCAAGAUGACAAUGUCCUCGAAUGACCGCCUCACGCCGCGCAGGAAGCACCUGAUGAGCUGGGCCUCAGAACGGAUACAUAAAGGGCACUCAGUCCCGCAGAACAGACAACACAGCAAUCGUCACAUCUCUCCAACUCAAGCACACCAAUUCAAGAAGACCAGCUUCUCAAACACCUUCACCAAACACCAUGCAGCUCCAAGCCAUCCUCACCAUCAUCACCCUCACCGUCUCGGCCGCCGCCACCGCCAUUCCCGCAGCUGUCCCUGACCCCGAGGCCAUCGCAGUUCCUGCAGACACGCUCGAAGCCCGCGUGACUCAGCUCAGAUGGAACGCUAGAAAGGAUGAUGGCAGUGAGUGUUCUACCAAAUGGGGCGGAGUAUGCUAUGAGGACUGUGUCACUGAGGGCACUGAUCCGUCGAGGAAGUGUAUCAGGAGCAGCAUUGCGAGUGCGAUUGACGGAGCGGGUUGUAGUUGGUUGAAGAGCAAGUGCAAGUGUGUUUGUAAUAGGAACUAAGUGAGAAGUUCGAAAUGAUUGGAACAUGUGGAGCGAAAGUGGAGAAUUUAGGUCGGAAAGAAAUUGAGACGUAGCUAGCGGAUAAGAAUGUUCGACUUGUUUGGUUGUUUAGGGAUUCGUUUCAAGGCUCAAUGUUAGACUCGCCAUGUUCC